AUGAGCGCUGGGGUGGCGGCGGCCGGGCAGCGGCCCCCCAGCUCGGGGAUCCCGGGCUCUCGGGGCGCGUCGCGCCCGCGCCCCCGCCAGCCCGCGGUCGUCCAGCACUCCGGACAGCACGGCGCGCAGGCUGGGCACAGCGAGGCGCAGAAGCGGGUCGUGGACCUGGAGAAGAGCCUGCAGUUCCUGCAGCAGCAGCACUCUGAGACUCUGGUCAAGCUCCACGAGGAGAUCGAGUACCUCAAGCGGGAGAACAAGGAUCUCCAUUACAAGCUAAUAAUGAGUCAGAAGCCAAAGAAAGGCAGCAUUUCCAGUUCCAGCUUUCAUUCCAUCAAGUCCGUCUCAAAUUCGACAUCAGUGACCGCCUUGGCUGCUGCCAACUCUCAAGGCAAGGCCCGGACCCAGCUCAGCUUCUCCAAGAGGCAAGACUCGAAAGCUGAUGUUCCCCAGAAGAUGGACCUGGAAGAAGAGACCCCAGUUGCUGCCCUGUUCCACAACAGCAAGCUGGACAAAGCCCCAGGGAUGCAGGGGCCGGCCAAUGACUGUUCCAGAGAGGAAGAAGGGGAGACCUCCAGUGCAGUGGCGAGCUCCACGGCAGGCAACCAGCACAAGGGCAAGCAGCCCCCCGCGAUGAGCCUGCCUCCAUACCUGCGCAAGCCCACCACAAUUCAGCAAUGUGAGGUUAUCAUCCGCCAGCUGUGGAACGCCAACCUCCUGCAGGCCCAAGAGUUGCAACACCUCAAGGCUCUCCUGGAAGAGAAUCAGAGACCCAAGGCUGCCCCUGAGGAGUCUGGGCCCAGCUCUCCCAAGGACCAGGAGGCCCUUCACCCAGGAGCCAUGCAGCUCCCCAAGGUCCCCACCAAGGGCGUCUCCAAGAAAUGCCUGAUUCUGAGCCCGAUGCCCAUGGCGGAGCGCUCCAUCCUGCCGGCGCUGAAGCAGACCCUGAAGAGCAACUUCGCUGAGCGGCAGAAGAGGCUGCAGGUGGUGCAGAGCCGGCGACUGCACCGCUCGGUGCUCUGAGGCCAGUGGCGCCCAUCUGCGCCUGCACAGCAGCUCUCGGCCAGGCCCGUGACCAACCCCCCGGCUGGAGAUCCUCACCCUCUCUAGAUAGCACUUCCAGACAAUUCUCAUACGUUUAGGCCAACUGAAAUUCCAGAUAAACGAAACUCGUGGCAGAUAAAGUACUUGGUCUCAGAACUGGGAAACUUUAUUUUCUUGCUCAGUAUUUUGCUAUUCUGCGUUUACAUGAAAACAUGAAAGAAGUAUUACCCUACCCCGCUGAAGACUGGAAAUAAAGCUCGUUCCUCCA